UGACAUAUGAAAUUGAACAUGGCAGAAGAAGAGGACUACAUGUCUGAUUCCUUUAUUAAUGUCCAGGAAGAUAUCAGACCAGGAUUACCCAUGCUGAGGCAAAUCCGAGAAGCCCGUCGAAAAGAAGAAAAGCAUCAAGAAGCUAAUUUGAAAAAUAGGCAGAAGAGUUUAAAAGAAGAAGAACAAGAAAGACGUGACAUUGGGUUGAAGAAUGCACUAGGUUGUGAAAACAAAGGGUUUGCUUUGCUCCAAAAGAUGGGAUAUAAAAGUGGUCAGUCUCUUGGCAAAAGCGGAGAUGGUAUUGUUGAGCCAAUUCCACUUAACAUCAAAACAGGGAAAAGUGGCCUUGGUCAUGAGGCAUUACUAAAACGAAAAGCAGAGGAAAACUUAGAAAGCUACAGAAGAAAGAUUCACAUGAACAACAAAGCCCAAGAAAAAGCAGCAGAGCAGUUUCGAAUGCGACUUAAAAAUAAGCAAGAUGAAAUGAAGCUUGAAGGAGACCUUAAGAGAAGCCAGUGUGCCUGUCAGCAGUUGGAUAUGCAGAAGAAUAUUCAAGUUCCCCGGGAGGUAUGGUACUGGUUGAGGCCUGAAGAGGAGAGUGAAGAAGAGGAAGAAGAAGAAAAAGAUCAAGAUGAAGAUGAAUAUAAGAGUGAAGAUUUAAGUGUACUGGAAAAAUUACAAAUAUUGACUAGUUAUUUAAGAGAAGAACAUCUGUAUUGUAUUUGGUGUGGGACAGCCUACGAAGAUAAAGAAGACUUAUCUUCAAAUUGCCCUGGACCAACUUCUGCAGAUCAUGACUAA